UUACGCAAUCGGAAGUCACCUUGCGCAUGGCAAUUGCACAUGUCAAAAAUAUAAAAAUACAUUGCAUAACAUUUGACAAAUUAUAAAAUUUUUAACCAUAAUAAAAGCAUCAACGAGAAGCACUGAAAAAGGUAACAAACCAUGGGUAACAAUGCGUCAGCUCCCGCAACUCAUUCACCGCCUGUGCAACGUUCUGAAACUAGUGCGUCUGCUUUACCCCCUCCCCCACCCACCGGCAUGCCACCGGUUCCACCACAAAUGAAACAUGAAGAUAUACAAGUGCAAAUGGCUGAGGCAAAACAAUCAGCUUCGCAAAGAUCUAACAAUCCAGGCACAUAUGAAGAACUUCAUAAAAAGACGAGAGAGCUAUUUCCACAAGUGUUUGAAGGUGGUAAGAUUGUGUUCAGCAAGCCAUUGAGCAGUCACUUCCAGAUCACUCACAAUCUUCAGCUUGCCAACCCCAUGACCUCAGGUUACAGGUUUGGUGCUACAUAUGCUGGAACAAAACAGUUCAGUCCUCAGGAGGCCUAUCCAAUAAUGCUUGGAGAUACAGAUGCCAGUGGAAAUCUCAAUGCCAACAUCAUUCAUGCUUUCACUAAGAACACUUUGACACGAUUUGUGGCACAGUUCCAAGGAGAUAAGACAAACACCCAGAUGGUUACAGACUACAGGGGCAGCUGCUUUACAGCCUCAUUCACAGCAGCUAAUCCAGACCUUCUCAAUGGCUCAGGUAUAUUUGUGGGCCACUACUUACACCGUGCCGCCAGUUCAGUUGACCUUGGUGCAGAGUGCAUGGUCCAGAGAGGGGGACAGGUACCAGGUGGUCAGAUAGCAGUCCUGUCACUAGCAGCACGCUUCAACGGUGAUAAGCGUUCUCUGGCUGUGUCGCUGACCCCGGCCGGCCCAGCAGGACCCCAGGCUCACCUGACGUACUGCCACCGCAUCAACGACCACCUCCAGGUAGGGGCUGAAUUAGAGACCAUGUCCGGCAUGGGCGAGGCAGUGGCCAGUGUAGGAUAUCAGCAGGAGAUACCAUCUGCUGGAGUGAACUUUAAAGGUCAAGUUGACACAACAUUGACUGUACAAGCCACUCUUGAGAAGAAAUUAUUAGAAUCUAUGGUACCAAUAUCAUUUACACUCAGUGCUAUAGGAAAUCCUUCAAAAUCAGACUUCAAGUUUGGUGUAGGAAUGAUGCUUGGUUGAUAAUAGUGAUGAAAACAUUAGGAAUUUACUAUUGCCUACUAAAUAAUUUGUGAAAUUAAGGAUUGACUAGUUACUAACGUGUGAAAUGUCGUAGCAAAAAGUUGUAUAAAAAGGAAGGCUGCUUGCUAGGUUAUCCCACUUUUUGUCUUGGGGCUGACUUAAAAAUGCACAGAGAAUAUAGAAUUAGUGGGCUGACAUAAUGGACCGAAACAUGGAAUAUAUUGUUAUAGAUUGGUGAACAGAGGGAAAUGAUAGCGCUAAAACCGAUAGCUGCAAAAACAUUUCCAUAAGUAUUUCAUUAGUGUAUUCUGAAACAUAUUGGAUAAAAACCAUGAAAAAGAUGGACAAUUGACAUGGUUUCAUUUGUGAUUAUUUUUGUAUUUU